GUUGAAUGAACUCAAUUUUAACCAAACCAAUAUAUUUUAAACCGGAACGGAGCGAAAGGAUCCUGAGCAGCCAUGGAAGAGCAUGAAUUUCGACGCCUUCUCGAUCUCUUUCCCAUAGUUCGAUCCCGAGAUUACCAAGCUGACUCAAAAUUAUCAAAACAAUCAACUUCACGAUCAGCAAGAAAUGAGCAGGUAAUUGACUGGCAAAAUGCAUGGAAUGAGGAGGAUAAAAAGGAAGGUGAAACUCAAGGAAUAGAUUGGGGAGCAGAUUCAUUUUGGGAGAAAUUGAGGUCAGCAGCAGUGGAAAAGGUUGGUCCAGCACAGGCAGAGAGCUUCUGCAAGGCUUUUCAGAAGGUUCAUAAGAGACUUGUACAUGAAGAGUUAAGUCUGGAUGCUGCUAAAAGAUUUUUAAAUUCAGAAACAAGUUCAGUAGAGUAACUUUUCAGUUGUUCUUUUCUCUGGAAAUGUUGAUCUUAGUUUAUGUUACUUCAAACAGAAAUAAAGAAAAGAUUAAAGGAAUGGAUUGUAAGAUGGAUUUAAGUAGAUCUGUUUUCUAUCUUAUAAUCAUAGGAUAAACUGGGAAAUGGAAAUUUGAUUAUUUACAUUUGCA